GCACAAUCAAAUCAAUAUUCAGCCACCCCAGACUCCAGCUCCCCCAUUAGGAUAUGUCUCUGGAACAUUAAUAUCAGAUUUUGAAGCAGAUAUUCCAGAGGAUGAAGAUGAAGAUGAUAUUGAAGAAGAGGCUAUAGAAAUCACAAGGCCAUUAAGAGACCUAGAGCAUACUUCAGGCUGCAGUAUGGACAAUCUUGACAGCUCUAUGACAGGCAAACCACAUUCUGCUUCUCAGAAGCUUCGCCCAACUAGCCCAUUUACUACUGACACUAAUACCAGUACAAUCCAGAAUCAGAGUCAAAGGCCUAGGCCUAACCCUACCAAAAAACAGCCCUCCUUGCCUCAUCGUAGGGAAGGCAUGUCAGAUGAUCUUCCACCACCACCAGACCCACCUCCAGGUCAGGGAAUAAGGCAACAGAUAGGUGCUGGCCAACGUGGAGGUUCAACAGACAGAAAAGGAAGCUCUUUAGAACGACAGCAUACAACCAACAUAGAUGAGACAAAGAGUUCUUUGGAUCGUCAAGCUAGAACAUCACUAGAGUGGCAACGGCAAACCCAGGAUUGGCUAAAUUCCACAGAACUUCAAGGCCAGAAAAAGCAAGCCUUUGGAUCAGAAGAGACAUUGGUGCCAUAUAGCAAGCCUAGCUUCCCAUCCCCAGGUGGUCACAGCUCUUCAGGUACAGCAUCUUCUAAAGGAUCAACUGGACCAAAAAAACCAGAUGUCAUGAAAGGAGGUCAUCAGCGCAACACCAGCGACCUCAUUGAUGUAGGAUAUAUUGGAUUAAACAGUCAAGGACAGUUUUCUGGUGAAUUAUAGUAGUUGAACAGAAACAUCUCGAGCUGCUCUCAAGGGCCAUCAAGGUCUGAACUCAUGGAAGUGAUGACACUAAACAGUGCAAUGAACAUUUUCUUUAUUUAUGUACUUACUAUUAAAGGAACUGUAAAUGCAAUGUAAAGAAACACAGCCACACAUAUCCCGCAGAUACUCUACCUGUGUUCUUCUCUAUUACACCUUUCACCUUAAUCUCUUUCUUACUAAGCAUAUAUACUGGAAAAAAAAAAUCACCUGCAGGAUGAAAUGAAUUUCCCUUGUAUAUAAUUUCUUUUUAUUGCAUUGCUAUGCAAACUCACCUUCAUUUAGCUAUGUUCAUAUUAUUGUCUGUCCUUCUUGGUCUGUUGUACUAUAUGUGAAUUAAUAGGCUGUGGUGCCAUAUAAUAACUUUUAAUUGUGUAACAUUUAUGUUUGAAGUUUGCACUGCAAUUUUUUGUUGGUGAUAAGCACAAAACUUUUACGCCUUGUGUCAUGAAGAAGAAGAAGACUGAAUGUGAAAGGAGUCUAUGUACUGUAAGCUAUGUUGGAUAAUGCUGGAUGUAAUGAAUUAUGUUAGGUGGUUUUCCAUUUGGGUGUAGAAUUAGGAAGAUGACUGGCAAAACUGAUGUUAGCAAGUUGAUUGGGACAUCAGGGAUGGAAUACUAUCUGAAAUAACAAGCAACAUGUUGCUUUUACCAUUUUAAAUAAGGGGUCAAAUGAUGGAAUCAAGAUCAGAUUAGAACAUGAAAGCCUCCUAUCUUCUUAGUAUGAGUUUUCAUUUGUUCAGUACAGUUGCACUCACUACAAAGGAAGGAAGUUAAGGUGUUUCACUAAAGCUGUUUUUUUUAUACUAGUGUUUUUUGUUUUUAGAAAAGAGUAUUAUAGUUGAUUUGCUCUUCCAUCUACACAUAUGAACCAUAUGAAGGUAGAGAAAUACUUAGCAAGAGUUAAAGAUGCAAUUAUCAUUGAUAUAUCCAAGCUGCUUCCAAAAAUCUACAGUAUUCAUCUUUUCAAUACAUGUGCAGUAAAGAUGAAGAUGUAGAGCUACAUCACUUGAAAUCCAUGAUCUAAUUGUUCUUAUGCAACUAACACAUAGUUUUGCUGUAUUAUUAUCUGAAAUUGUAAGAAAUUGAAAUCCAAUUCAUUUGUACUUAAAUCUUGGUUACAAUAGUUGAAAAGAAAGAUACAGCAUAUUCAUGUUCAGUUUGAAAUCAAGGUGUUUCUUUUUACCAAUUCACUACAUUACUGGAAACUGGUUAAAACAAGGAAAAGAAAACAUCUUUGGCCUAUUUUUGAUGACUAAAUUUCAAGCCUCUUCUUACAAAAUCAAUGCAUGUUUAUACACUUUUUAAAUAAACCAAACUUGCUGUAAGUGGACAUUAACAAAAGCAUCUUGUCUCAUCAUUAGUUUUCAUGACUUUCUUCUUGCCAGUUUUUCACUUCUUUGUUAGAAAUAUUAUACAUGUAUACCAAUGCAUUAAAUAUUUCAUUUGAAGUUUAUAUCACAAAGCUUAUCUUAUUCAUUCAUAUCAUUAUUACAAACAUUCAUUAAAUACAAUCAGUUCCUAUUGUUUAUACUUGCCUUGAUGAUCAUACUACUGUUACACAAAACAUACUUCUUGAACAAGCAAAUAAAUCUCUGUUCUUUUUCAUUACAUCACUUUGAGAAUGUGAUAAAUUAAAAUAUUUUUUUAUUAUAAAUUGUAAAUCAAUACUGCAAAUAGGUUUUUUUUUUUCAUUUACUUUAGUUCAGAGUAUUGGCAAACCAGAAACAAAGAAAGCUAUAUCGAUUCAAUGAAGUUAUGUAACAUUCUUGCUAACUGAAAUGUUGGACAUAGCUAAGGCCAUUAUUCUAUAAAGACAAAGAAACAUUCAUAAAUAUAAAAAUAGAUGUUUUUCUCUCCUGAAUUCCAUAUGUUAAAAUCAAGAUAUCUGCAUGUGCUAGCAUUAGUAGUAUGGAUACAAAAAAUUAUGCAUACAGUUUUAUAUAAUGAUGAUGCAAGAAGCUGCUUUGAAGAAGAGAACUCCCCAUGCUACCUACAGCCUACCUAAAAACUUGAUACAACUAUGUCUGGUUUGGAGCAAUUUUUGUGCACCUGUUAUCAGGGGCUUAUGAAUUAAAGAUUUCACAGUACCAAUCAGUUAAAUGUGGAAAAGGGUACUGAAUUCAUAUCGUCUAUCAUUUUAAUUCUUACACAUUCCUUUCUUACUGUGGUGUACUGGAACUGUGAUGUACUGAUGUACCAAUAGCUGGGAUAGGGGACACAAGUCCAUUGCACAGAAACAACAAAAAAGUGGCUACCAGAAGUCUUUUGCAAGAUUUGAGAUAGACACGUGCAUUCAAAUAUCAAGCAAUCUUGCCAAUAUUACCUACGAAAUCCUUGAUGCUAGUACUUAUGGCCCAAAUCUCAUGAGAUUUUUUGUGAGUCACAUUGCCAGCAAGGUCUUUUCCCCUAAAUCUCCAUCUGUAUGAGAGUUUUCUAUGACUAAAAAGGACUUCAAAUUACAACCAGAAUAUAUUUGUUUUGGUUUUUGCUGCAACAUGCAAUUUUAUAAUUGAAAACCUGAAUAAUUUUGUUUUUAAUCCACAGAGUGACUGCAACUAACCUCUAGGGAAAAAAAAAAUAGGUAUGUAUUGAAAUUACAGGAAAAUCUGAUUUCUAGAAAUUCAGGAUGCAAGUUGGUGCAUAACUGUUUACAAUAUAAGUGUGUUAUUUGGACAUUUCUGGCACUACACAUUUGAAAUGAUAUUCAAAAAGAAAAUAUAAAUCAGGAUUGAAAUAAACUUCCACCUUUCUCACUUUAAAUUAUAAUGGCUUGGAUUUAAAUUUCAUUUACAUAUUACAGUAGAAUUGCAGCCACUUCUAUACUUAGAUCCAUGAUAUUUUCUGUCCUGUGGGAAGUUAAUAACUCCUUGGCUAUUAUCAUGCACUUUCAUGCCAUUCUUUUUAGGUAGCAUGCUACCAGUACUGAAUAUGCUGAAAUAUAUUCCCGUCGCCCAAACUAAGCUGAGUGAGCUACAAAAGUGACUCUAACCAUAUAUUUCCAAGUACUGUAAAAAAUUAGACUUAAUGGCUUAUUCUAAGUGCAAUAUGUAAAUGACAGAGUCCUCAGAAUUCUAUUCAAGAUAAGGUGAUAUAUCACGAGUUUUCAAGAUGCAACAUAACUUUAAAGAGACAUAACAAUAGUUGAUGACUCAUUGUUUAUGCCUUGAGUUCUGUAUAGUAUGAUCUUCCUGAAUAUUUUAAUUAGUUUUAGAAAUAUGUGUUGAGCUUUGGUGGAACACCUUACUGGUCAAUUUUUCUUCACAGUACAAUGUGAAUAAAAGUAGCCAUCCCAGAUUCCUUUAGUUAAAUGUCUUGUUCUUUUUAGUUCCAAUUUUGUAUCAGUAUUAAAAUAUGUAGUAAAAUAAUAUCAGUCUAUUAUUCACUACUAUAGAAUUCUCUUUACAUUAAUUUUAGGAUGCUUUUUAAAACACCUAAAUGUGUAACAAAUGCUAUUAUUUUAUCUCUUCUUUCUCUCUGUUUCUCAUUUAUGUAGUGUGCUUCAAAUGAUCAUAGAACCUAUUUUUUAAAAUGUGCAAUUUGCCUUUUUUUUCUUUUUUUAUAAUUGAAAGAAACUUUUUUAUAAUUGAAAAUAUUUCUUGUUCAUAAUGUGUCUAAAGAAAAGGAAUGUGGUGGCAGCUCUUAAAACUGUUUUCUAAUUUUUUAAAUAUAAAAUGAUUCAUUUACAACAGUUUUUUCAGUCACACACACACAAAGAUGAUGACCUCUUAAUGUGUUUCAUGUGUUAGUGAAGCAAAGUUUAAUGGGCAUAAAGUUGGUUAAUCGUAAUGUUAAGUGUGUAUUGUAUAUCUACUGGGGAA